AUGAGCGCCGACCACAAAUUAGAGGAAGAGCUUCCCGUCGGGGAGCCAGCCCCUGAGAUUCUAGACGGCCGAAUCUGGGUCGAUGGGUGCUGGGACUUUUUCCACCACGGCCAUGCUGGCGCAAUGCUGCAAGCACGCCAACUGGGAACGGAGCUCGUCGUCGGCAUCCAUUCCGAUGAGGCGAUCCUCGAGAAUAAGGGGCCGACGGUGAUGACUUUGAAUGAACGAAUCGCCGCCGUGGAUGCAUGUCGAUGGGUUACCCAAUCGGUACCCUAUGCGCCAUAUGUUACCUCCCUACCAUGGAUCUCGCACUUCGGGUGCAAAUACGUCGUUCAUGGAGAUGAUAUUACGUCGGACAGCAGCGGGGAGGAUUGCUAUCGAUAUGUGAAGGCUGCUGGUCGGUUCAAGGUGGUCAAACGCACGCCCAGUAUCUCGACAACAGACCUUGUUGGCAGGAUGCUGCUCUGUACGCGGACACAUUUCAUCAAAUCACUCACCAACCUCCUCGCGGGUGAAGAAGGCUCCGGAACAGAGGAGGAACGAAGAGUCCAGGGGGCUGCGAUGACAGAAAGAAUGCAAAUGUAUGCCACGGACGAAACUGGCCUUCACCCUGGCUCCAGCGUGUGGUUUUGGACGGCUUCCAUUGAGGCGAGAGUAGGUAGCACCGAAGAAGAGAAGGGCGUAUUCUCCCAGCUUUGUAAGGGCACCCAGCCUAAGCCAGGGCAACGGGUCGUUUAUGUCGACGGAGGAUUCGAUCUUUUCUCCUCUGGUCAUAUCGAAUUCCUUACACAAGUGAUCAAGGCGGAGGAGAAGAUUGGCGAGGACGAAGGGUGGUACAGUGAGCAAGCUGUACAAGAGCGCGUUGGCAAGGGUUCUGAUUAUGGACCUGUCUUCGUUGUUGCUGGUGUUCAUGAUGAUGAGGUGAUUAACCGCUGGAAAGGGGUUAACUACCCUAUAAUGAACAUCUACGAGCGGGGCCUUUGCGUCCUGCAAUGCAAGUACGUCAAUUCCGUGGUAUUUGGAGCACCGUUUAUGCCCACUCGAGCUUAUCUCACUUCAACUCCCUGGGGAACUCCUGAUGCGGUCUACCAUGGUCCUACGAGCUUCAUGCCGUUGACCUACGACCCAUACACGGCGCCUAAAGAAAUGGGCAUCUACAAGGAGAUUGGGCCGCAUCAAUUUUCGGCAGUCAAUGCCGGGCAAAUCGUCCAGAGGAUCAUGAAGAGUCGAGAUAUGUAUGAGGAGAGACAACGGGUAAAGGGGGUGAAAGGCAUCGGCGAGGACGCUCAAAAGAAACGAGAGCAGAUGGAACAUGAGCAGAAGCUGAAGGAGAGCGCCGCAUGA